AUGCGUUUGCAACACAUUUUCUCGGCGACACUGCUGGUGUCAACGACGUCAGCAAACUUAUCUGAGCAAGUCGACCUUUCAUACAGCACAUACAAGGGUGUUGCGCUAUCCAACGGUGUAACACAAUGGCUUGGAAUGAGAUAUGCAGCCCCUCCUGUGGGCAAGUUGAGAUUUAUGCCACCGCAAGAUCCUCCACGGACAUAUGGUGUUCAGAUGGCAGAUACGCACGGGUAUUACUGUCUCGCGACUGGUCACUCACCAACAGAAAACACCACAUCAGAAGAUUGCCUCUUUGUGGACGUGCAAGCUCCGUCCAACGCGAAGCCAGGAUCACUACCCGUCUUUCUGUACAUCCAAGGAGGUGGCUUCAACCUCAAUUCCAAUGCCAACAUCAACGCCUCCGGCCUGAUAGAAGCCAGCGGCCACAACAUUGUAGUCGUCAGCUUCAACUACCGCGUCGGACCCUACGGUUUUCUCACUGACGGUAAAGACAUCAAGCCCAACAAUGGCCUCCGCGAUCAAGAAAAGGUCAUGCAAUGGGUGCAAAAGUACAUUUCAAAAUUCGGCGGCAACCCCAAGCACGUUACACUGGGCGGCUCAUCCGCCGGCGCUGAGAGUGUCAUAAUUCAUCUCACUGCGAGGAAUGGCACCAACAAGGGAUACUUCCAUGCUGUGGCUGCGGAAUCACCGUCAUUCGCUACCACCUUGACCAUCCCAGAGUCACAAUACUUGUACCGCCAUUUUGCGACUAGACUCGGCUGCGUGGGUUCCGACAGCUUGGCCUGUCUGCGCAACAAGACUGCUCGGGAGUUGCAGGAGCAGAACUUCAACAUCCCUCUGCCGCUGGCAGCCAACCCGCCUAAUUACAUGUAUGUACCUUGCAUUGACGGCGAGUAUCUACCGGAUUAUACGUACCGCCUGAUUCAAAAUGGCCAAUUCAUCAAGGUUCCCUCGAUUUUUGGGGACGACACAAAUGGCGGGACCAAGUUUGCACCCAGAAACACGUCGACGCUUGCUGAGAGCAAUACCUACAUGCUGGACAACUACCCGUUCCUGACGCUUGACCUCAUGGAAGAGAUGAACAAGAUGUAUCCUAACCCGAAUACGACGUGUCCAAAUCCAGGCUGCUACUGGAGACAAGCCAGCAAUACGUACCAAGAGGUGCGGUACAUGUGUCCCGCAUUAGCAAUGACAUCUGCGCUUGUCAAGGCGGGCAUCAAGAACUCGUUUGCUUACAGGUGGAAUGUCGAAGACCCAGAGCAAAUGGCGCAAGGCCUCGGCGUUCCUCAUACAUCAGAGUUCGAUGCCAUUUUGGGGCCAGACUACGCUUCGAGUCCGCCGGCGAGCUACCAAAAGGGGGGAAUCAACUACCCAGCAUCACCGGUGAUUCAGAAAUACUGGACAAAUUUUAUUCAGCAUCAUGAUCCAAAUGAGGGUGGUGACUCUGAUGUGAAAGUUGCAAAAUGGACGCCUUGGUCGAGUAGGGCGCAAGAUCGCGUUGUCUUCCAGACGGGCGGGAAGACUGAGAUGGAGCCUUUUGGAGAUGCGCUGAAUAAGCGUUGCGCGUUUUGGGCCAAGUAUGGUGUGAAGUUGCGGACGUAG